AUGUCUUCACCGGCGCUUCAACAGCAUCUCACAGCUCUCUCCACCACCUACAAACAAACCCUACCUUUGAUACAACGCCUAGAAAAGUGGUCUGAUACUCCGGGACAAGGCGAUGAUGCGCGUAUCGAACUUGGUGCGGAGAUCCAUCUCCGGCUCAAGGAAAUGGAAGAUGAAAUGGAACUACUAAGAGUCGAGGUUGAUGAACUGGAGGCAGGCGGCAGCAGAAAAAGGGAGAAUGAGGACAAGGAAGCAGAGAGGGAGAGAAUAUUGAUCAUGUCCAGGAAGUUGGAAGCUGAUAUGAAGACCAUCCGAACACAAUUUCGAAAAGCUCAAAUCCAAGCAAAACGCAACGCGGAAGUAGCCAAGCAGAAAGAACGUCAACUGCUGUUUUCGAGGAAUGGCGAGGACGGAAUACCGCGGACCAAGGCUUCGCCAAAGCUCACGCAAGAUGAUUUGAUUGUGAACGCGUCAAAUGAUGUGACUGCUGCUUUGAGACGAACCCAUCAACUAAUGCAGUCAGAGCUGUCUCGGAGCCAAUUUGCGCAACAAACACUAGAACAAUCCACGGCGGCGUUAAAUUCCUUAUCGGAAUCAUAUAGUAACCUUGAUACCCUUCUUGCUUCUUCGCGCUCACUUGUGAGCUCCCUCCUCCGCUCACAAAAGUCAGAUACGUGGUAUUUGGAAACUGCAUUUUAUAUCCUGGUGGGAACUAUAAUUUGGCUACUAUUCCGGCGUAUAUUUUACGGCCCACUAUGGUGGUUACUCUGGCUGCCGGUGAAGAUGGUCUACAGAUCCAUGUUUGCAGUUUUAGGAAUGGCAGGCUUAUCUGGUGGCACGCAGAAAAGUGCCAUUAGCGUAGAUUACUCGACUGGAAUAAACACGGUCUCGACUCCGACGGUGGCCUUUUCACCAAGUUCUAUAGCGGGAGGUGGUUACUCAGUGGAGCAUCCAGCUGCAACACGGACGACUGCGGUGGAACCCAGCAACAUAUCGGGGCAAAUAGCGGAGAUGGUGGAAGAAAGGGAAAAGGAAGAGAAUCGUUAUCGAGAAGAGGGCACGAACAUCGAUGGCAGCUCCCCAGAAGAGAGGCAACGACAGGCGGAAAUGCCACGAAAUCCGAAAAAACGGAUGUGGGAGGAGAACAUUGACGAAGGAGGGAAGAAGGAUGAAUUAUAG